AUGGCGGUCGAGAAGGACGGCAGAGUGCUGCAUCGACAGAAGCUCAAUGCUUAUACCUUCUUCGUGCUAUGUAUGCUUGGCAUAGGCUCCAUAAGCUAUGGCUACUCUGCGUCCAUUAUCGGCACGACUUUGGGUCAACCAUCUUUCAUUACCUACAUGAAGCUUGAUACCCGCGCCGAUGGGACAGAUCUGCUCUCAACAACUAAUGGGCUGUUCCAGACAGGAGGUGUUAUUGGUACGCUCAUGCUGCCCAGUAUUGCAGACAAAUGGGGUCGACGUUGGGCUUGCGCAGCCGCCUGCAUCCUACUCGUUAUCUCUGGCGCCGUCAUGACUGCGUCUGUCGAGAUCGGCAUGUUUAUUGCCUUCAGGUUCUUCGCCGGAGCAGGAAGCUUUGGCAUUCUGGCCGCCGUGCCCAUUCUAAUGAACGAGGUACAGAUUCAUUAA